CUCGUCCUGCUUGUCAAGAAGGUGAAGAAGAAAGAAAGUUAAUCAGGACGGGGCAACGGGCGGACUCUGGAGCUUGUGAGGUUGCAUCAAGAUAAAUCACCGGGCAGCAGCAAAGCUGUAUGGCAUUGCUCUCCUUUUAAAGGAAGAAAAUAAAAGACUGGAAGCACGUCUCUGGAAGGGGAACUUCCCUGGCAGCAUUGCACAAUGAACGGGAGAGCAGUUCUCGGCUUAGCCCUGCUCUGGGCAGCGUGGCUAGUGUGCAGCUCUGAGAAGACAGCCAGGCCAGCAGAGAGAGGGAGCCAUGGAGUCAGGAAAGUGCCUCUCGCUCACAGGGCUCCCAGCAGCCUCCUGAGAAGGUCUGGAGCAUCCCUGAGGAAUCUGAGCCUGAAUCCCCAACAUCCUGUCACCAGGAGGGAUCCUUCAGCAUCUCCGAAGGCACCUGCCAAUCUCGUGCAUGAGGAAACACAUCCCCAGGCCAAGAGCACUGGGAGCAGAACGAGACGGGUACAGAGACUCAUGGCUGCAGCCAAGUACUCCAAGUCCACGAUGAUUAAAGAUGAGGGAAUAUCCACUGCAUCCCAGUCACGAACAGUGCGUUUCUCUUCAGGAUCAAGUUCCCCUAAUGUCCUGGCCAGUUUUGCUGGGAAGAACCGAGUGUGGGUUAUUUCUGCACCUCAUGCCUCUGAGGGCUACUAUCGGCUCAUGAUGAGCCUGCUGAAGAACGACGUCUACUGUGAACUAGCCGAGAGGCACAUCCAGCAGAUUGUGUUGUUCCACGAAGAAGGGGAAGAAGGGGGAAAAGUCAGGAGGAUAACAAAUGAAGGCAAAAUCCUGGAGCAUCCACUAGAUCCUGCCCUCAUCCCUAAGCUCAUGAGCUUUCUGAAGCUGGAAAAGGGGAAAUUUGGCAUGGUGCUGCUGAAGAAAACUCUGCAAGUGGAAGAAAGGUAUCCUUAUCCAGUCAGGCUGGAGGCCAUGUACGAAGUCAUUGAUCAAAGCCCCAUCAGAAAGAUUGAGAAGAUAAGGCAGAAGGGCUUCAUCCAGGCUUGCAAAGCAGCUGGGGUGGAGGGACAAGUGGUUGAGGAAGGCAACAACGGGGGCAGCACCCGCCCUACCCCUGGCGAUAGAGAACUCCAGGGGCCAGCAAGGAAGGAGGAGCCAAAGAGGAGCCAUAAUCAGCCAUCGAGGACCAAAACAGUGAGGAAAUUGAUGACAACCACCAUGGCUCCUCCUCCACCUACAAUAAGGACCACUACCCUCCCUCCCACUACCACAACUACUCGGGCUACCACACGGGCAGCAACAACAGCAAGCCAGCCUACCACAACUACUCAGAGGACCUGGACCACCAAGUCGCCUACCGCCAUGGAGCACCACAGGUUGCCCGUAACGGCCUCGGAGGAUUUCUUCUCUCCCGUGUGGAACGGAAACCGAAAGGAGCGGCAGCGCAGCCACGCAGAGAAAAACCAGGCGGCCACGCGGCGACCAGGCAAAGCUUCCCGCUACGAGAGCUUCACAGAAGUCCCAACAGCGCCCGCAGUGCACUACACGAAGGCAAACGCGGGCAGGUUUAAAGAUAACCGAACAGACAGGAAGGACUAUGGCCACCGGGAGCCAAAUAUCACGCCAGGGCAACACAAGCCAACUAAGAGCAAAGCGCCAAAAAAGAAGGGCCAAGAAAAGAUACUGAACAAUGAAUAUGAAGAAAAGUAUGACCCAAGCAAGCCCACUAGCCCCCAUCUAGAGGAAGAGAUUGCAGUGGGAAAUAUUCCCCCAAAGAAAGGAAAAGAGUCAAAGAAGCAUGACAGAAUAGAUAAACCCGAGAAGAAGAAGAAGAAGGAGAGACCUGACAAAUUGCAGAAGAGUGAGAAACAGUCCAAGAAAGACAAAGCUGAAAAAAAGAGCAAGCAAGACAAAGACCGUAAUAAGAAAAGCAAGAAGGGGAGCAGGACUGGGAACGAGGAGUUCCCCAAGCCCAACAAGAAGCCUUUCUUGCACCCUCCCAGGAAAUCAGUGACAGACCUGCUGGAGUAUUUUGAAGGCAAAAGGCGUCUCAUCCUGAUCACGACCCCCAAGGCGGACAACACCAUGUACGUACAGCAGCGGGACGAGUAUCUGGAGAGCUUCUGCAAGAUGGCCACGAGGAAAAUCUCCGUCAUCACCAUUUUCGGCACCAUGAACAACUGCAGCAUGAAAAUUGACCACUUCCAACUAGAUAACGAGAAGCCCAUGAAAGUAAUCGAGGAUGAAGAUCUUGUGGACCAGCAGCUCAUCAGUGAGUUGAGGAAAGAGUAUGGGAUGACCUACAAUGACUUCUUCAUGGUGCUCACGGAUAUCGAUAUGAAAGUCAAGCAAUACUAUGAAGUACCCAUAGCAAUGAAGUCCGUGUUUGACUUGGUCGACACCUUCCAGUCACGAAUUAAAGACAUGGAAAGACAGAAAAAAGAAGGCAUUGUCUGCAAAGAAGAUAAGAAGCAGUCCCUUGAGAGCUUCUUAUCCAGGUUCCGAUGGAGAAGGCGGCUGGUGGUGAUCUCUGCUCCCAGCGAUGAGGACUGGGCUUACUCCCAGCAGCUUGCUGCCCUCAGUGGACAAGCCUGUAAUUUCGGUUUGCGCCACAUAACUAUCCUCAAGCUGCUAGGACUUGGAGAAGAUAUUGGUGGUGUCUUAGAGCUGUAUCCCAUCAAUGGAAGCUCUACUGUUGACCGAGAGGAUAUCCCAGCCAACCUGGUGAAAGACAUCCGAAACUACUUCCAGAUCAGCCCGGAAUACUUCUCCAUGCUGCUAGUUGGGAAAGAUGGAAAUGUCAAAUCCUGGUACCCUUCCCCGAUGUGGUCUAUGGCCAUCGUGUAUGACCUGAUUGACUCCAUGCAGCUGCGGCGCCAGGAAAUGACCAUCCAGCAGUCGCUCGGCAUGCAGUGCCCCGACGACGAGUACGGUGGGUAUGGUUACCAUAGCUACCACCAGGGAUACCAGGAAGGUUACCAAGACGACUACCGUCACCAUGGAAGUUACCACCAUGGAUAUCCCUACUGAACAGAACAACUUAGCCCUGUGCCUGUUGUCCAAUAGCUACGCAAGCAACAGGCGGGCACGCGCAGAGAGUCCUCCCGGGCCACCCAAGUAUCCCUGCCUCCUCCUUCAGCCACGGGACAUUGGGCAUUUGCCUUCUCGAAAAUGCACACACUUUUACAGUGAAGCAAUUCAAACCAGUAGUAUUGAUGCUUUAAAAAAUAAAGACUCCUUUAUAUUUUUACUCCUUUAUAAACGAAGCGCAUCAGCGGUUGCUGUUUGUUUUGUAUUAAAGGCAAACAAAAAAUCCCCACAGCCCCAGUCUGUGGACGCAACUGUAGGGCAGGACAUGAACUGUACAAAAGACAUUGCUACGCUCUUUUUAAAGUUUGCUUUUUU